GUCAUCAGUGCUGGUUUAAUAUCUCCAUCGACAAAAUGGCUGUCAGAUGGUUUUCUGUCCUUGUGCUGGUCUUCAGUAUUGGAGCUCAGGCUUUGUUAUACGACGGUGUGCACUUUUCUGGAAAUGGGGAAACCCCAACGUUCUGGCGGAACCAAGCCAAGGCCUCCUUGCUAAAGCGGGCUAACUCUAGGCGUAUCGAAGGCGUGGCUAAAAACGUGAUCAUGUUCCUUGGGGACGGGAUGAGCAUCCCGACUGUGACGGCUUCCCGUAUUCUCAAGGGCCAGCUUGCCGGAAACACAGGAGAGGAGGCGGCCCUCAGCUUUGACAAGUUUCCCAAUACUGGUCUCUCGAAGACGUACUGCCAGGACUCCCAAGUGACAGACUCAGCAUCCUCGGCGACCGCCUAUCUGUGUGGCGUGAAGGCGAAUAUUGGCACCAUCGGAGUGGACGCGCGCGUGCGUCACGGAGACUGCGCGAGCCAGAAGGGCGCAGAACUCACAUCCAUACUUGAUUGGUCAAUGGCGGCAGGCAAGUCUGUAGGUUUAGUGACCACGACCCGUGUGACGCACGCAACGCCAGCGGGCCUGUACGCUAGCGUGGCGGAUCGCGGCUGGGAGGGCGACUAUUACACGAAAAACAUUGCCGGGGGGUGCAAGGACAUCGCCGCUCAGCUUAUUGAUGACUACCCGAAUGUACAGGUGAUAAUGGGUGGAGGUCGUCGCUACUUCAUGCGGGCAGACCAGACGGAUCCCGAGCAUGGCUCCAACGCUCACUACGGACGGAGGGACGGUCGGGAUCUUAUACAGGAGUGGAAGAACGGCCAGCACAACAUGAACAGGAACUAUCACUACGUUUGGAAUGCCUCGGCUUUCAACAGCAUCAACGCAGCCAACACUGACUCUCUUCUCGGCCUGUUCGAGUACUCUCACAUGCAGUACGAGUUUGAACGGACGGACCCGAACCACGAGAAGGCGGGAGAGCCGUCCCUGGCCGAGAUGACACAAAAGGCCAUCGAAAUACUCAAGAAGAACCCCAAGGGAUACUUUCUGCUUGUAGAAGGCGGUCGUAUUGACCAUGGUCACCACGAGGGGCGUGCGAAACUGGCACUGCACGACUGUGUGGCGUUCUCGGACGCCGUGGGCAUGGGUGACCAGAUGACCAACGAGAGUGACACGCUUAUAGUGGUCACCGCUGACCACGCCCACACCAUGUCCAUCGCCGGCUACCCGCAACGUGGAAACGACAUUUUGGGCAAAUCGGCGCACGGGUCGACAUUGACUGCAGCGGGUGAUCACCGCCCGUACACUACACUCCUGUACGCCGACGGGCCUGGCUGGGCGGUCACCACCGGUAACCAUCGACCAGACAUUACCAAUGUAGACACGACUGACAAACAUUACCUGCAACAGGCCGCUGUUCCCAUGGCAUCAGAGACGCACGGAGGCGAUGACGUAGGCAUUUUUGCACGUGGCCCUAUGGCGCAUCUGUACACGGGCGUUCUCGAGGAAAACGAGAUUGCGCACGUGAUGGCGUACGCUUCCUGUGUGGGCGAUUACAGUAACCAUAACGACUGCGCAGCCGCAUUGGCCGGAAAAUAAACACGUUUUUCACGUGCAACAUGUGCGUUUCCACGUGUAAUGCGUAACCGCGUUGUCGUUUCUCCUUUUGUUCAGGUAUCGUAAUGUGUUAAUAAAAUACAGUAUUAAUGUGU